UCGCUCUCCCUGCGCAUCCCGAAUGAAAACAGCACCACAUCGGAUCCCGUGAACAAACUUGGAGUUAGGAGCGGUGCAUCCUCCCAAGCCAUACCUGGGUCGUCGAGGAUGGAGACUGUCAAAGGCCCUCCCCGGAACUCGUCCAUAGACUCUGCCAUCUCUGCGAUAUCCGCAGGAUCCUCGGCGUCCAAAAACCCUCAAGAUGUCGCCUCAAGUCCGGCGGACAUAGAGAGGCUAAUCAAGGCGGCCGGGUCGCCUGAGGCUGUGAUAGCGUACCUCCUCAAGGAGAAGCAGGGCCAGUCGCAACAGAAUGCGCAGCUCUGGCGGCUGGUGGACAAGCAAAGGGCCAUGAUCCUGGGACUGAACAAAGACCUGGAACGAUCUCUUAAGGAGAAAGAAAAAUAUAGGAAGAAGCUGAAGGAUCUGGUUUCGUCACAGUCAACGCCGCCAGGAUCAUCGCCAGGCCUGGUUCAGGAAUCGGAAGAGGGCUCCAGCUCGAGCACUACGGAUGCUGCGCCUGGGGCAAUGAAGCAACCCAUGCUCGACAUACCUGCCUCCCCCAGCGUCGGCUCCGAUAGGCUCUCACCUGUCGAUGUUGCGAUGGCACCAUAUCCAAUAACCCCUCCAGCGGAUCAGAGCAGCAAUGGGCCUCCCUCUGCCGUGGAAGAAAUCCUGAACCCCUCCCAUUUCAUGCCGGAAGCAAGCGAGCAUGCACUCGACCAGUACGAUCCCGAUGCCGAGGAGAGGGAGGCUGAGGCCCUGAGAAAACGGAGGGAUAUGGCAAAUGAGCUGCCGUUGAAUACCCCCCUGCCACCAAGGACGAGUUCACAUCGCCAGCCCACGUCUCCACGAGUUGGCCCUCCUGCUGCGUCUCAGCAAGCAGCUGGCUCUGAGACCACCUCGACGUCAAGGGCUUACGAUGACGGUGACGGUCUGUCCAACUUCCCAGCGCCACCGGCGCCACCACCGAGGAAGCCACCGCCAGCACCUCUGCAACUCAAACCCGCAAAAGCCAGUCCGGCAUUGACCGAAGAGGAGAACGAUGACAGUGACCCAGAUACGGGUGAAUUGCUCGAGGUCGACGAGAUGACGAGAACCAAGCGAGGACGCCGCAGGACACGACAGGAAGAUGACCAGAUGCGUGAGAUUCUAGCCUUGAAGGAAGCGGAAGCACGGAGCCUCUCGAAAAAGAGCAAACAAAGCAGCAGCGCCAAGGGAACACCCAAAGAGGCACCCCCGCCGGACAUUCAAGUGUUGGGUGAGACGCCGGCCUCUUCCCCGAGAUCUUUGAACCGACCGAAUGCUCCAGAGUCUUUGGGGUCACUGGCCGGCGUGCUCAGUGGUCGAGGUGCAGAUACGAAUGUGAGCAUAGGCUUGCCUGGAAGCCCACGUCCGAUCGGAGUGGGCUCAGGGCCCAGUUCGCCGCCAAUUUCACCCCGAGAGACUGGCGUUGUUCCUGCCGCAACAUUGUCGCCACGGGCCCCUCGGCAACCUAUCCCCUUGCCUCCGAACACCCCUCUUCAGACUCCAUCACCACACGAUGCGCUGGUUCUGAAAUCUCCUCAACCACUCAACAUCGUGAAGAAGAGAUUUGCAGACCCGGAGGUCGUUGACACGCCAACAUCCAGCCGGGAGAGCACGACAGAAAGGACAAGGGUGUACAGGGGUUUCAUGUCUGAUGAAUAUCCGGACCUACUGAUCACGCCGAAUGCACUAAUUGCGGUCGUCGUAAAGGUCGCGUCCUCGAGAAUGAAACCGUCACGUGCGAGUCUGAUCUCCUUGACGCAGCUAGAGGAAGAUCCCGUCUUUACCCUUGCAAUUCUCUCCAGAGCGGAUGGCGGAGAGUUAUGGCGAGUGGAGAAGGAUUCACUGUCUCUCGCCAAGCUCGACUCGAAGCUGAAGCAGUGUGCCGACUUCUCCGCGAGGACGCCUGAUCGAUCGCUCUUCAGCGGCCACGCUCCGGCGAAAUUGGAUGCCCGCCGGCGCGCACUUGAUCAAUAUCUCGACGAGGUUUUCAGUACACCCUUGGACACGAGCGCAGCCAUCGAUCUCUGCAGAUACCUGUCGACAAACGUCCUGCCGCCCAAUGCCGACGAGGUGGGCUCUGCAACAGGUCACGACGAGGAAGGAGGGCCAAAGCUUGGUCCCGGCGGGCGACAGUACAAGAGCGGCUACUUGACCAAACGAGGUAAAAACUUUGGUGGUUGGAAGGCCAGGUUUUUCAUUGUCGAGGGCCCUCAGCUGAAGUAUUUCGAGACGCCUGGAGGGGCACACUUGGGCACGAUCAAGCUCCAGGGUGCCCAGAUCGGUCGGCAGUCUCAUCCCCAAAACGAUCCAAGCUCACCGACGGGUAUCAAUGAUGAGGCUGACAACCAGUAUCGCCAUGCGUUUUUGAUCCUGGAACCGAAGAAGAAGGACCCCACCACGAUGACAAAGCACGUCCUCUGUGCUGAAAGCGACAAGGAACGUGAUCUGUGGGUUAACGUCUUGCUCCCAUGGACCAAUUAUAAAGACCCGGCGGACGACGAGGGCAGGGCGCAGGACCGGCACGGGUCGAGCUCUGGCCACGGCAAGGGGUCAAAUAGCAAGAAGAAGCAGGGGAGGGCUCAACAGCAACAGCAGCAGCAGCAGCAGCAGCAGCAGCAGUCCAGGGAAUCUGAGGACACGCUUAUUGGGGUGAGCUACGACAACACCAAACAGGGCGACAUUCCAUCGACUGAGUAUACCGAAACGCCGCCCGUGGUGACAGUGCCGUCACAAAUGCCGUACUCGAUUUCGGCGCCACGAGAUCCCCAGUGGAUGCCUCCCGACUCGGCAAUGUGGCAGAAUAAGAUGGGCGGCUUGGUUCCCCAGGGUAUGGACGAGAAGAAAGCCAAAAAGCGGAGCUUCUUUGGCUUUGGACCCAAACAGAGAUCAUCCAGCGACGGGGCAGACUCACUGUUCAGCGACCAAGGUGGCUCUUCUGGUUCCGCCAUGUAUUCUGGACCGGUCCGUCGCGUGUUCGGCGCGCCCCUCGCCGAGGCUGUGAAGUACAACUCUCCUCGGGACGUCAGAGUACCGCUGCCAGCUGUCAUCUACCGCUGCAUUCAAUAUCUCGAUGCCAGAGGAGCAAUCACAGAGGAAGGCAUUUUCCGUCUCAGCGGCUCCAACGUGGUCAUCAAGCAGCUCAAAGAGCGGUUUGACACCGAGGGCGACAUCAAUCUGCUCGAAGAUGAACAGUACCACGACAUUCAUGCGGUCGCGUCCAUGCUGAAGGCGUAUCUGCGGGAGCUGCCGACUAGCAUCCUGACAAGAGAUCUUCACCUCGAGUUCGUGGCCGUCACCGAGAUGAACACGCAACAAGAGAAGAUUGCAGUACUUCACGAACUUGUGAAGCGCCUUCCUCUUGCCAAUGGCGCACUGCUCAGGUACCUGAUCGCCUUCUUGAUCAAGAUUAUCAACAACGCCGAUCGGAACAAGAUGACCGUUCGCAACGUCGGUAUCGUCUUCUCACCCACGCUCACUAUCCCGGCUCCCGUCUUCGCUCUACUCCUGCAGAACUAUGAAGCCAUUUUUGGCAUCACGCCAGAAGAGUACGAGCUUCCGUCUCCUGGGUCAAUGGAUGACUCUACGGAGACAGGAUCAAUUGAAAUUCCCCCGAGGCCGGCAACAUCUGGUGGAGUGCGCGAGUCACCUCAUCGGCACCGUCUCGCAGAGGCACUAGCUGAGCAGCGCCGGGGUAACACGCCGCCCCCUGUUGGCGGGUUCUCACAGCUCAGAUCAACGCCCACUCCACCUUUGGCCCAGCGCUACGAACCGAAUCCAUAUGCGCAACAAAACGGAAACGCGGGUCUCUCCACACGCCCAGCCUACGAGAGCAUGUUGAUCACCCCGGGUUCUGACCCGAGCCAGUACUACCUCGCACAGCAACGACAAGGCAACGAGAAGACAGCCAGCUAUGACCAAGCAUAUAGCACGAGGGCCAGCCGACGGGAGAGCUCAAUGCUCAUGGGUCUACCGCCGAGAGGCCUAACGCCCCAGGGUUCUAUGUCUCGCCUUCGAGAGGAGACGCGUUACCAAUGA